AAAACCGCGGUGGUCAUCGCGACGAGGGCGGACCUCGCGCGAUGGCGACGGCGACGGGAAGCUCCGGCGGGAAGCUCGAGAAGAGGAAGAAGAAGAAGAAGAAGACGACGGCGGUCGAGCGCGCGGGGAGCGGCGGCGGCGGCAACGCCAAAAAACCGACGACGACGACGGCGUCUCAUCGUCCGACGAAGCCCCUCCUCCGCGCGGCGCCGCCUCCGCCGUCGUACCGCCUCAGAGGCACGUCCGGAAGUGACGACGACGACGACGACGCCGCGCCGUCGUUCCUCACGCCGUCGCACGCGGAGUACGAGCGCUGCAUGAAGACAUCCUACCUCGGGUUCCACGUGGACGACCCGAGCGCGCUGCCCGAGAAGACGCACCGCGAGAUCGCGCGCGCGUUCGAGCGCAUGGCGUCCGACGGGAUCUUCCAUCGCGACGUCCUCGCCGCGGGGAAGUCCGUCUCCCCGACGUUCGUCUCGCGCACGCUCCUCGGCGAGCGCGGGAUGACGUAUCACUACCAGCGGCUUCGCAUCUUCGCGCACCCGUGGGACGAAGAGACGCAGCCGGACGCGUCGCAUCCGUUUCGCGCGGUGAAGCGCCUGAACGACGCGCUCGUCUCGCGCUCGACCGCCGUCCUGCGCGCGUCGUCGGACCCGCGGCUCGGCGACGGCGUCGACGGCUCGUGCGACUUCAACGUGACGCUGAUCAACCUGAUGGAGCCCGCGAGUCGAUGCGCGGAGGUCCCGCUGAAAGAUGAAGCGCUCUUCGGGAUGGGAAAGGCGCGUUCUACGUCGGUGUCGUGGCACUCCGACUCGUCGCUUCAGGACGUCUCCACCGUCGCGGUGUAUCACCAGACGGACGACGACGACGACGACUCGUGGGCGGUCGCGCUGAAAACCUUGGACGGCGUGACCCCCGCGAUGCGGACGCCGCUCAGGUCGCGGGAGAUGUACUACAUGUUACGCGACUUCAACGCGCAUCAUCAUCACGCGGUGAUCACCGGGGAGUCGCGGCGAUUCAGCAGCACCCACCGCGUCGCCGUCGUCGCGAAGGACACGUUCGAGCACAUCAAAACGCGGUGCGAGCGCGCGCUGCGUUUGCUUCCGGGGAUCAAGAAGAUCGCGCAGGUGGGUCCCGGCCCCGGCGACGACCUCGCGGCGUUCGCGAGGAGCGCGCAGAUGAUGGGCGAGACGCACCGAGAGUGCGAGUUUCAGUGGAUUCGGAUGUUUUGGCUGCAGGGCUCGCGGCACGCGGCGUCGCACUCGGCGUACUGGCGACAGAGGAUCGCGGAGCUCACGCAAGCGUGGGACGCGAUGGAGCUCGGGUAUCGGUGGGCGUUGGACGCGCUGCGGGCGGGCGCGAGCACGGGCGCGAUGCCCCUGCGCGCGUACGACGUCGUGUCGUACCUGCUGGAGGAGACGCGAGAGUUGCGGGCGGAGCACGCGCGGCGAAGCCGAGCGGGGGCGUACGAGGCGAUGCCCGCGGACUGCCGCCCCGUGGACGAGCCGAAGUUUGACGAGAAGUCGCCGCUGCCGUUCGAUCUGGGGCCCGUGUUGGCGACGCUCGCGGGGUGGAGGAGAGACGCGGAACGCGCGCAGACGACGACGACGGAGGGGGGAUCGAAGACGAAGAAAGGGAAGCCCGGGAAAGGGUCGAAACGUCGGUAGACUAUUAUGAGAUAGAGAGGGCUAGGACGUGCCGUAGACGAGGUACGAAGUAGCGGUAUCGUUUAUCGCGCGCGUAUUUUACGUU